UCGCAUUUUCUCUCCUAGUUCGGAAGAAACAAGAUCCCACUUGCAGCCAUGGUUCUCUCAAAAACCGACAAAGCUCUCCUCAGCAGCAGCGUUGGCAAAAUACAGGCCCAAGCGACUGGUUCAGAUGUUUUGGCCAGGAUGUUUGCGAGCUUCCCUCAAACCAAGGUGUACUUCGUCGGCUUCAGCGACUACACUGCAAAAGGCCCCAGAGUGCAGAAACAUGGCUUGACUGUCAUGACAAAGAUAAUCGAGGGGAUUCAAUACCUGGAUAGCUUGAGAAGUUUCUUGGAUGCGCUCAGCGCCAAACAUGCCCAUGAGCUGAUGGUGGACCCCGUCAACUUUGGGUUUUUGGGUGAGUGUGUGCUGUCCUCAUUGGCUUACCAGCUGCCCGACUUCUCACCUGAGAUGCAUUGCGCCUGGGACAAAUACCUUUGCGAAUUCGCUUACCUUCUGGCCGAGAAGUAUCGUUAAACAUCAACUGAUGGAAGUUUCCGGAAGAAUGGCAUCUUUGUUUCACUCAACUGUUCGGGAAAUAAUGCCUCUCAACACGCUUUAAAUCUCCUUUUUUUUUCUCCGCUCGUGCGAUUUGCUGCCGUUUAAUCCCAUUUCUCACAAAUAUUUCUCUUUGUAAACUGGGGGGGGGAGAAGCCAAAAUGAAUCGCAGAAACCACGUGUUGUAACAAUCUUAACGUUCAAGAUCCCAGGAAAACUUGUAACAAAUAAAGCAUUGCUUUUUCUU